UAUCCCAGAAUCCUCUUUCCAAAACAACAUCACACUAUUUCCUGUUCAUCAGAGAAAGUCAUCAGAUGGUGCGGAAUUUUUUUUUAGCGAGAUAGAUCCUCAUUGAAUUAUAUGUUGGCUGUAAUACAACGCGUACUUUUAUAGGAUUGCACACCAAGAACUAGGCAUGACUACAGAGUCUGACUCUCCAGAAGUGUGAAUGGAGUGACACGAGUGGACAAGACUGACGAGUCAUGGACAGCCAGUGCAGCAGCAGUGUGGGGUCCCGGGCCACUCUAGGGGGUGUGGGCAACAUUAACUCCACCCUCAUUUCUUCCCGUAUCGAGUCCUACGAAUCAGGAGAGAAGAAGUGCAUCUCUGAUGUUCGAAGAACCUUUUGCUUGUUUGUGACCUUUGACCUUUUGUUCGUCACUUUGCUGUGGAUCAUUGAGCUCAAUGUCAAUGGAGGAAUACAAGAGCAGCUGACGAAAGAGGUGUUGCAGUAUGAUUACCACAAAUCCUUUUUUGACAUAUUUCUCUUGGCUGUGUUCCGCUUUGCAGUCUUGAUUCUGGCCUAUGCAGUGUGCAGACUGCGUCAUUGGUGGGCCAUUGCGAUAACUACAGCAAUCACCACUGGUUUCUUAAUAGUGAAAGUAGUUGUAUCAAAGCUCCUGUCUCAGGGGGCGUUUGGGUAUUUGUUACCCAUCAUCUCCUUCAUUCUGGCAUGGAUAGAGACGUGGCUGCUGGACUUCAAAGUCCUGCCCCAGGAGGCUGGUGAUGAAAUCAGGUAUCUUUCAGCGCAGAGUGCGCCAGAUCGAGAACCUCUUUUAUACCCAGGAGGACCUGUUUCGGAAGGCCAGUUUUACUCUCCUCCUGAAUCCAUGGCAGACUCGGAUGAAGACCUCGAUGACAAACAUGAUCUAGAGAAGCCCAUUGUCUAGAGCUCAGAGUAAACACUGACUACUGGAGUACAUCAGCUUCUUCCAGCGCUGCUCGACCUCGGGCUGUGUGUCUUAAUAUGGGUUUGCGUACAUGGGUGACCAGAACAAGACAGUCACGCUGCCUUAGAUCCACCAUCGCCACCAUCAGCAGUUUGUUGAUCUGUCUCUGUAUGCCCACACAAGCUCUUAGUGCAGUCACAAUUUUGUGUGCGUCUUAAUUUCUCCCACUGAACACUGUUCUGCUUAUGCAGCACUUACUGAAAAAAUGAAGGAUUUUAAUGUGUAUUUUGAAGUUGAUCAACAAGUAAUACCAGUGUUGACCACGACAUUUAGCUUGUUUUCACACGACACUCUUCAACUCUGCUUCCGUGUAACAAAACGACUGCCGUCUCACAUGUUCAUGCAGUAAAGCUCAAAUGUGUAUUAACAAGACCUACAUGUGAAUAGCAGUAAAGUCUCAGGUCUGCACUGCCACUCUUUAGUAUGUGAAGAUUUCAUGUUUUCCAGUUUAUUCUGCUUUUCUUUUUUUUUUAAAUGAUUUUUUCUACCAGUCUGAGAGUGUUUGGAAUGAACAGAGAGAGUUGCAAAAUAAAGGACUGGCUUAGUUUAGCAUGAAAAGCACUUAAAUGAAGAACUCUGACUUGUAAUGAUGAAUGGAUAUAUAAGAGUUUUUAUGUUUGUCUUUGGCUCCUCUUCAGUAAGCAUUCCUAAAUCAUCUUAAGUACGUUAAAUAGAUCUACUUCCUGUUGAGUUUACUUGUGCCAUGCUUACUGAAUAAGGGCUUAUGUACCUGGUUCGGGUCUGGGACCUUCAGUUUUCUAUGAAUAUAUAUAGAGAAUCUCCUUAUGUAUCCAUUACAAAGUAUGCAGGAAAAUGGCAGAUUGUAUAUUCUUCUUUGGUUGUGUAUUAAAACAAUGUUUUUAUUAAA